AUUCGGUAACUUGUUUACCUGGGCCUCGUUCACCGCACACACCAGACGUUUGAACUCUACGCUGUGUAUGCUCAGUUGCGCAUAGCAACUGACACAGCUUCGGAGCAUGUCGAACCCGUCCAGCCCUCUCAGACCUGCGCCGUUGUCCUUCGCUCGCAGCGACAGCAAUGGACGCAUGUCGCCUUUCAGACGGCCGGAAUCCCCUCUAACCAAGUCGCCGUCCACAGUGCGUGCGGCAACACCACAGGGCUCGCCGCUCAAGCAAUCGACGCCCUCCCGAUUCUCGCAGCAGCCAUCCUCUUCCGCGUCGUCGAAGCCUGCCUUUACUUCGAACACUGCAGACGAUCGCUCGUGGAUACACACGCGCAGCGCCGCGAACAGCUUUUCAGAAGCAGCAAUGGACACACCUGAAUCACCUACUCGAUCACCUAGACAGCUUGCGUCUAGCACAAGCAGUUUAGCGCCAAGGUUCGACACGCAGGCCAACGGAUCGACAGCGCGCCCAAGUUACAGCGACCGUACGCCAACGGCCUCGAGUUUCAGAUCCGAGUCAACACCGCGCGCUCCAGCACCUGCAGACCCGCUUUCUUCGAUUCCUCCACAAUAUCUCCACACCAUGCGUGAGUCUUUCGCUGUCCUCGAUCGCGCCAACACCGGCUUCAUCACUCAAUCCGACCUCGUUCACCAACUGAACGAGCUCGGCCUAGAUGCCUCACCUGCAGCACUAUCGCAAUACUUUCCACCCGGGUCGUCAUCCUUGAACCUCUCUUCCUACUUGCAUCUUCUCAGCGCGGAUCUCACCCGCUUAACCUCAUCCACAGAACUCAUGGACGCGUUCUCCACGUUUGAUGUAGAUGACAGCGGACAGAUAGAUGUUCAGGAACUGAAGGAGGCGUUGUUGUCAACGAUGCCAGAGCCUGGGGAGGAUCAGAGGAGAUUAACAGAGCGGGAAGUGGAUAUGGCAAUGGAAGGGUUUACGGGAAGAAGGGCCUUUAAAAAAGGAGCAGCAGGUAAUACAGCAGGACUGGGGGCUGGAGAUAGGAGACCCGUAUUUAGAUAUGGAGAUUUCGUAAAGGGCAUCUGGGGCGUUGGCUCAGAGACGGAGAAAGUUGAAGCGAUAUAGCUAGCGGCUGCCAUGAAGGCUGGUUUGUUACGAAUUUGAUGGCACGAACGGAUGAAAGGUAUAUACAUAUAUUGUCAGUUUGCUUUUCCGAAAACAUUAUACUUAGGUUCUUCAGCUUUUGACAUUAAAU